UUCACCGCCCUAUGCAAUAGCCGGCAAACCACGCAGAACAGAUAAACCAGAUUCAUAAAGCUGACCGGCUCAAGGGGAGUACCAUACCUGGGAUUCGAUCCCACAACCUCAUGGUAGAGGGGGUUGUCAUUAACCCCUAUCCCUUUUUUUUAUAACUGUGUUUUUUUUUUAUAAAAAAAAAAAUACUCUGCGAAAUGUUUAAAAUAAUUUCCGGACUGAAUAAUUGUGAAUAGAAGGGAAGUUUAAGCUAACUAUUAGUAUACUCAUCACAACCAUCAAAACCUUAUCUGGAUUGUAUAAUAUGAUAAAUAAAUGCAAUCAUUAAAAAAAAAAAAGGAAGAGAGGGGGACGGAGACAAUACAAAUAUAUGGUAAUGGCAUAGACAUGGUUUUUGCCAACGCAUCAUCCGCGAUAUUGACAUGACUAACGUAUAUAAAAAACAAUUAUCUAUAUAAUAUAUAGUUUACGCAUACGCAUUGGACACAAACUUGGCAACGAGUUUCCAGAAGCGAAGCAAUAUCUACUUAAAAUCGAUGGGUGUAAUUACAAAACUUCAUUCUAAAUCUAAUUUCUUCGUCGACACUCAACCGAAAGAAUCUCUUGGAUGCCUUAAUUAAUGUGGAGUGUCGUUCAAGGAAACAUUCUGACUGUGAUAGCUACGAUUCCUUUCCCUUUGCCAAUUAAUGUAUGUAUACAUCUGUGUAUAUAUGUAUGUAUGUACGUACCUGUAACCCUAAUGAUCGAUCACAAUAAUUAUAAGGUUGAGAUAUAAUGUUUGCUUCCUUUAUUCUCUAGCUUUUACCUUCACAAUGCCUUCAUAGAAGAAGCAAAGAACUUUUUGUUUCCCUUCAAAGCUCUACUCUCAAAACCAUGAUCCCUUUGUUCAAGUUUCUUCAAUUUGUGUCUUCUUCUUCUUCAUCAUCAUUCGGGAUCAAUGGAAGAGAUAAAUGGAUUUGCAGCUGAUUGUGUCGUCUUGUCAUGUUGCUGCAAUUGCCUCGCGCUCAAGAUCAUAGUCUUUAUCUUCCAUGGACUUCCCAAGAAGGUGGUCAGGAACACGAGAAAGCGCUAUGCGAAAUGGAUGAUACAGCGCGAAAGAAAAAGAAUGGGGCUAGAUUGCGAAUGUGGACAAAGUGUAGGGGCUAUGGAAUCAAUCGAAGGGUCUUUAAGCAUAGAGGUUGAGGGGUUUGGGUGCAUGGAAGAAGUUGAGCAGGUCUUGGAGGAGUUCUCGGAGAGAGGUGAGUUUUUAUUUGGAAGCUUCUGGGGCAGAGAGAGGGUUGAAGGUUCAUCAAGUUGUGUGAAUAAGAUUGAUGUGAGAUUUGUCAAGCAUGAAAUGAUUGAACAAGUAUUCAACUCUUUUGACUAUUCAUUCGCGUUUUUAUCUACGAAUUAAUUAAUUCCCCUAUAAGAAGUUAAUUUUGUAAAUAAAAUGGAUACAGAAUGUUAAAUUUUUUUCCAGGUAAUUGGACGGUUUCCAUGUGCU